AUGGACCCAACCCGUGCAGCGCACCGGGGCGCCUCACGCGGAGGCGAGAGAGCAGCCACCGGAACCACAGUCGCAGCGGGCAGCGUCCCCGGGCCCGAGAUGACUGCGGCAGCGUUCCGCGACCUCCUUCGCGAAAGCCCCACAGUCGAUCUCGGAGGUGCUACAGUCGACGUCGGCCCCGGCACCUUCGCGAUUGGGUUCCGCCAGAGGACACGUCUGAGGUCUCAGCAUGGCAUCACGAUCGCCAACGGAACCAUCAAGGGCCAGCUUUUGUGCACGGGGGCGGAUGCGAACCCCGCUGGCUCCGGCGUGGCGGAACUCAGGCUGGAGUUUCGCAACGUGACGUUCAGGAGCGAGCAACCAGUUUCGGAGGACAAAGCGUCGGACGCGGAAAAUGCGACCUUUGCCGUCAGGGAUGAUGACCUGUCUGUAUCGCAAAUUCCCAUGGUGGCCGGGCUUGUCGUUGCCCGGGACAUCAAGGACCUCACGUUCGAGAGCUGUACGUUCGGCGACGCGGACCCCGACUACAAGGCGACGCCCAUCGUGCCGCGUCAGGAGCAGAUGCCACGUCUCCGCAACGUCACCCUCGCACCGGCGCUGGCGGUGCUCGACAACUCGAAAGUCAGCAUUCAGCACUGCGCUUUCGUGAACAAGAUGGGCCCUGGCCUGUUGGCCAAGGGCAGUUCAGUGAAAGUCCGGCGCUCCGAAUUCAGCAAGUCGACCACGGGCGUCCUCGUCCUGGGCGGGGCGGAAGUUUCGCUGGAAGACACCAUCUCGGCUGGGAACGACCUCGAUGGUCUCAUGACCAUAGGCGGCAGCCUGAAAGCGACAAGAACGACGUGUCGCAGCAACUGGUGUCACGGGGCCAUCGCGGAAGGCGGAGGAGUCAUGACACUCAUUUCGUGCGACAUAAGUACCAAUGGAUGGUUCGGAGUCCACGCCAGCGGUCCGGGCACCAAGGUGGAGGUGAAGGACAUGCACCUCGAGCACAACACGUAUGCCUUUGGCGUCGUUGCCGAAGCCGGUGCGCAGUGCACAGUCCAGGGCGCCAGUAUUCAGGGAUACUCCUUCUCAGGGCUCAAGGCGAUCGGCGAAGGUUCAAGGUUGACCGCGAAGAACGUGGUCAUUGCGGACCGAAGCUCCCCGCGCCCUGCGGUUGCGGACGGUGGGAUCGGUGCAGAGGUAGCGGACGGCGCUAUUCUGCGCCUCAGCGGCGUACACAUCCACGGCAUCCGUAAAACCGGAGUGUGGGUGCAUGACGCCAAGCUGUACGCGCACAACCUCGAGACGGGCAGCGAGGUCUCGACGGGCGUAUCCGUGACAGGAGAAAAAGGACGGUCGACCACCGAUCUCGAGACCUGCAAGAUCAGUGGCGGCAAGGUCGGCGUUAAAGCCGAUGACUGUUCGAAAGUUAUUAUGACAGACGUCAACAUCUUCAACUGCACCGAGUACGGCGUGCUUGCGAGGAACGGCGGCCGGGUGACGAUGAAUCGUGGAAGCAUCGUCGGCAACGCGCUCCAGGGCAUCAGCAUCGACGAAACGCGUUCCCGGGUGACCAUGACGGACGUGGCGUACACGGGCAACGGGCAGAAUGACUUUGUGGGCAAAAUUUGGAUCGAGAACAGCGAGGGUCGCGUUUCAUGCGACGUCGGCUGGGCGGACGAGGACGAUUUCUCGGAGUAG